AUAUAUUGUGUGGUCUAUCUCUGAUUCUCUUCACACACACCAGUUUUGGAGCCACCCGGAGCAGGCAAAUGAGUUACCAGAAAGUUCCCCAAGAACCCUACCCCCCACCAGGGUACUCAGUCCCUUAUCCUCCGCCAUCAGGAUACCCCUCAGCACCGCCACCGCCGCCACCAGGGUGCCCUCCACCACCGGGAUAUCCAGGAUACCCUCCACCACCGCCACCACCAGGGCCACCGUAUCAAGGGUACCAGGGGUAUUUCAAUGAAGGGUACCCUCCACCACCCCCACCACCACAGCAAUACCAGCAAUACCAGCAAUACCAGUACCAAGAUCAAUCUGGUCCUUCCUCCUUUCUACCAGGAUGUUUGGCUGCCCUUUGUUGCUGCUGCUUGUUGGAGGAAUGCUGCUUCUUAUGAAAAAGCAGCUUCAAUGGGUCGUCUUGCACGAUAUAUGGGGGUUAACUUUUAAAAAUUGCAAAAUCCAAAAAUAAAGCUCGAGGGUUUGCUAGUUCGUGCUGUGUAUGCCUUUUGUCUGGUUGUAAAGGGGUUCUAUGACAUGGUAUGGAUUAUAUCUACUGUGCACUUUGGUGCUUUGAAAUUAGCAGUACAAUUUCAAUGUCCUUAAUGUGGUUUCAGUUUCUCAUUUCUUUGUGUGAGCUUUUCCCUUUUAACUCCAUUUAAGCUUUGUUUCCAAGGAUGUUUUUGCCCUCAAUAUGAUUUUGAAAUUUAACCGAUUGAA